AUGGUAAUCGAUGAAGAACAACAAGCUAAUGCUAUGGAUUCUCCAUUUAAAUCAACAAUAACUAAAUUAGUUUAUGAUGUUCUAACAGUCUGUGGUAUUUCAAUUAAACAAGUACACGAUAAAACAUCGCGUGUAUGUUUCAAUAGUAUUGUAAAAGCAGGUGAUUAUGAAACAAUGGUAAGAAAUACCGAAUCUCGUACAACAACACCACCAUCAAUAAAUACAACAAUAGUACCGUCAACAAUUUACAGUAAUAUCACUAUAACUUCUUCACAAAUGCGGAUUGUUUCACAAAUAAAUGUAAAUGGUGUUCAACGUCUAGCUAUCACAGAUGGUAAUCGUUUUUUUUUCAGUAAAUAG